AUGAUGAAGAUAAUAGCAAAUAUAAAUAUCAGAAUUUUCAUAAAAGAAAUUAAUCAAGAAAUCGAAGUAGAGAGAUUGAAAUAAAGGGUUCUUUUAUAUAUGAAAGAUAAAAGGAUGGCAAAAAAAGGAAAUGGAUUAAAGAAGAAAAUGAUUUUGUUGGAAGAUUAUUAUAAACAAUGUAAUGGAUAUAGGGAUAAAAUUUCCGAACAGAUGAAAGGAAGAACCUUAGCAUAAUGUAAAUAAUAUUGGCUUAGAAAAAAAAAGUGUAUGAUUAAAAAAAAUAUGGUCUUUCUAAAAGGAUUAAAUUAUUAAAGAUAAUAUUAAUUAAAAUGA